CAGCUACAUACAUAGAAGCCAGAUAUUCUUAGACAAUUUUGCAUUUACUGGGCUCAUAACUGACCUACAGUUCAUAUUUAUCAACCUUUCAGUAGAGGAAUAUGGAAGUUUUAUCUUAGCCAAAGCAAAAAGCUUGAAUUUUACCAGACAGAAAUGUGUAUCAGUACUUGAAGGACAUUGGUUGAGCUGAGAUAGUUUGUCAAAUGAUUUACAUUUGUUUCAACCAGACAUAACAGUUAGCAUGAGCCAGACAGCUUACAAUGUGUGACACUUCACACUUGAUGACCCAAAAGGCUGCUGUUCUUCAAAAGGUUAACUAACACUUUUACCUUUGCAGUCUCUUCAUUUGACAAAGACCAUCAAUGGCCCCUCAUUUCAUUGAUCUCUGUAAAUAAUUAAGAGAAUAGUUACAUUUCUGCAAGGCUAAUUAUAUUGCAGUUACUUGAUGCUCGCAUGCAUCAUUUGUAAAGGCUGUUGUACAACAACAAAAUACUUCACAUUUGAGGAAGACGCCCCUGGUACUGAGAUUGGAAACCUUUCACGGGACUUAAAAAUAGACCCGGCUGAAGAUCCCGAGACAUCAUUCAAAUUUAUGCAGAAGACAAACUCCGUUAUUCUCAUGAGGCAAACUGAUGGACUUUUAACAGUUGGAGAAACCAUUGACCGAGAACAACUGUGUCACCGCUCCCUGCAGUGUCUCAUAAGUUUUGACGUCGUCGCAUUUUCCAAGGAGAAGUUUCAGCUUAUUCACGUGGAAAUUGAGGUAAAAGACAUUAACGAUCAUUCGCCUCGGUUUGUACUCAAUGAAACGCACCUGGAUGUAUCAGAGGAUGCACCUUUGAACUCACGAUUUCCACUGGAAAUCGCUGUGGACCAUGAUGUCGGAGAUAACUACAUUCAAAGUUACCAUAUUUCGCACACGAGUCAUUUUGCCGUUGAAGUAAGCACUCAAGAAGAUGGCAUCAAGACGGCUGAACUUGUGCUGAUCAAAAUGCUUGACCGAGAGACCGAAGAGUUUUACACGAUUGAGGUGACAGCAACAGACGGCGGGAUGCCGCCAAAAUCCGGGUCGACGACCAUUAACAUACAAGUGCUGGACUCGAAUGAUAACAGUCCGACUUUUGAACACCGCUCACUAAAAGUCGAACUCAACGAAGAUUCGCCGAUUGGUUCACGUGUGCUGAAAGUUCACGCUUUCGAUCCUGAUGCUGGCAUCAAUGGUGAAGUCGUCUAUGGAUUUGUUGAAGGCUCCCCAACUGAGGUCACUCGUGUUUUUCAGAUCGACCUCAUCUCAGGUGAAGUGACCCUCAAAGACUCUGUAGACUACGAGAAAAAGAAGUCGUACGAGUUACACAUCCAAGCGUCAGAUCUAGGCCCGAAUUCGGUAUCAUCUACCUGUCGCGCCGUUGUAGACAUCGUUGAUGUUAACGAUAACGCGCCAGAGAUUACCAUUAAGCCCAUGACUUCCUCGAGUGACGGGGUGGCCUUCAUUACCGAGGCGGCCGCCGAAGAAAGUUUCGUGGCCCUGAUCAGCACCUCAGACAGGGACUCUGGUUCCAACGGUUAUGUCCGGACUACUUUACAAGGACACGAUCAUUUUAAACUGCAGCAAGCCUAUAGCGACACAUUUAUGAUUGUGACCACCACAACUUUGGAUAGAGAAACGAUUUCGGAGUACAACCUCACAGUGAUCUCCGAAGAUUUGGGAAUGCCACCCUUUAAAACCAUCAAGCAAUAUACGAUACGCAUCACCGAUGAGAACGACAACGCACCGUUGUUUAGUAAAGCUGUUUACGAUGUAUCGGUAGUAGAAAACAACAUUCCGGGUUCAUACAUAACUAGUGUUGUCGCACGGGAUCUUGACAUCGGAAAAAAUGGUAAGGUGUCAUACAGUCUUGUUGACAGUAAAACACCUGAUGGUUCACCGAUAUCGACGUUUGUGUCAGUAGACCCUCUCUCGGGGUCAUUGUACUCAUUGCAAUCAUUUAAUUUUGAAGCGCUAAAAGAAGUUGAGUUCGCUGUCAGAGCCAGCGACAAAGGCUCUCCACCUCUCUCCAGCACUACUUUAAUAAAAAUCCACGUGGUGGAUGAAAACGAUAACUAUCCCUAUUUUACAUAUCCAGUGUUAAGGAAUCAUUCAGCCGAAAUCCCGAUACCCCUCAACGCUCAAGUUGGUUAUCUGGCUUUACGAGUGACCGCUCAGGAUGAAGACGAUGGGGCCAACAGUGAGCUUAGUUUUCACAUCGUAGAGGGCGAUCCACAACUUUUUGCCAUUAAUAAAAAGACUGGUGAAAUAGUUUUGAAACAAAGUCUUACGGCUUCCUGUGAAGACGUCCUGCAAAUGAAAGUUUCUGUGUUGGAUAAUGGUAGAGAGCCCCUGUCUAGCACCGCAACAGUUCGCUUUGUGGUGACAGACACCGGAUCCCAAGAGGACCAGGUGGUUAUUUUACUGCGAUCUAAAGACGAGGAGACUCUAAACUUUGAUGUCUGGACAGUGUUUAUUGUUGUGUUUUCUGGGGGCUGUGCGCUGUUGCUGGUAGCCAUAGCCAUCCUCGCUGUAAUUUGCCAAAUUCGUCGCAGGCGAAGAAACUUCAGCAGAGAUGGCCUGUAUGGUUCAACCCCCCUUUCCAAGAACAACACUGCCAACUCAAAUGUAUAUGGUGGCCCUAAUGGCUUCCUUGGCAAUGAAGGAGAUUCAAUGCACCACUGCCUUUAUGAAGACAAGAGCUUGGACUUUGAGGAAAAGUUAUUCCUGCCAUGCAAGCCUUUCGAACAAACAUUUCUAUGGCAAGAUGAAAAAUACUGUCUGCAAAGGAGUGGCACCAGCAACACAGACCAGCUGAGCGUAAAGGACAGUGGAAAAGGAGACAGUGAUUUCAAUGACAGUGACUCUGACACCAGUGGAUCAGCUCUGAAGAGAGGCCUGACAACAUUUCAACCAGUGGCCCGAAGUUCAUUCAAUUCCGCAGGGUGCUGGAAGGGCAAACAGCACAUUAUACCGACUCGUAACAUGCAUGUCCCUCCUGGGAGCGCCUACACAAUCGGUUUUUCCCCAGCACCAAUUUACAAUACAACCCACAUUAAUUCUCAUACAUGGAAAGGAGGCCAUAAUAACAUGUUGAAAUCAAGCAGCCCUUUGCAGACGUUCUCAAGGACAGGAACUCUGCCUUCAUACUGCGCCCAUCAAAUGAGGGGAAUUACUACCAGAGCUGAAGAGCAAAUUGAAACUGUUUCAACUGCAUCUGAAGUUGCUACUACCUUUUAAAUUUCGAACAAGGGCUUGGUUUUAGUCUGGUUCAUUGAGUUUGAACAAAAUGCACCCAGCAAUGUAGUUGUGUAGGCCAGUGGUUCUCAACUUGUUUUGCUUCAGAACAGAUUUUACAUUCACAUUUGACGUCAACAACAAAAACAUAUGGGAAGCAUUUUCUCCUCCCUUUGAAAGUAGAUCAGCCUAUUUAUAUUGCUCUUAAAUAUGCACGGUUAUAUGGUUAGUUUUAUUUGGCAUUAUUUUUUCCCUGCUGUCUGCAUCCUAUCAAAACAGACAUGUGACCUGUUUUUGGGUCCUGAACUACAACUUGAGAAUCAAUUAGAUCGGUUAGCAGUUCUUUUAAUACUGGAUUAUCGUAUUACAAACGUGUUUUCUCUCUUUUUUUAUCCAGGAAAUUAUUUUGAGAAAUGUUUGAGAAUAGUCCAUGUAAAUUAAAUGAAUGUAAAUAUUUCUCUUACAUGUUUGUAUAUGUUGAAAUAAGCUUUUUUUUUCAGUCUGAAGAACUGAACCUUUUUUUUUUAUUUUGCCACACUAUUUUUAUUUAAGACAAAAUGAUGGACUUUACAUGAAAAUAAUUUAGCGAUGAUUAAAACCCACUUAGUUUUGUCCAAUGAGAGCUAGUUAGCUGUGAGUUCUUCUGUCUUAAGUAAAGCAAUUAAGUGUUAAGUUACAGUACUUCUUAAGUUACUUCAUCUUUGAUGCAUUUUAACCAAAUGUAUGGAAUUUUAUAUGGUUGUAUAUUUAUAUAGUUUGGAAUAGUUAGCCAAUACCCAGAAUGUUACACAUAAAUUGCCUAAACUAUCUUUUCAUGUUUUUCUUUCUUUCUUUCUUUUAAAUGCAGGAGUAAUGACAUGGUCUCACAUAGAUUGUGAUAAAAAAAAAGAGUAAAAUCAGACAGUUUGAUUGACAUUUGAAUGCUUUCAAAACAUAGUCAAAACUUUGGACACACCUAUAUAUUAGCUAUAUAUUAUGACUGUUUUACACAUGUAAAAUUUUUUGAGAAUAACACAUGGAUGUAUGGGACUUAUAGUGACCAAAAAUAAAAAUAAUAACAAUAAUAAUAAUCAAUCAAUAAAUCUUAUAUUUGAGCUUCUUCAAAGUAGCCACACAUACCUAGAUUGCAGAAAUCAAUAUGUAAAGAAAUUCAUACAUAGGCAUAAUUUAUUGCUGUGCAUAAGCCUUUAAAUCACGAAACAUAAAUUAAGUCAGGUGUGUCCAAACGUUUGACUGGUAUUGUGAUGCUAUUUACUUUCUUUAUGUACUUAAAUUGCUCUUGCGCUCACCUCUAUAACACUGAGCCAAAUACUUUCAGAACCACGUAUAUGUUGCCUGAACUCUGGGAACUCUUGUUUCAGAUGGAUUAACUAGAAAAGAAUCAUGUGACAAUGCAGACACAUUAGUAUUAAGUCCACAAAUCCAGCCUUAAGAGCUGUCCGAUUAUUGUUAACACAUGGCCUGUUCUGGAUUAGCUGGUUUGUAACGCAGCAUCCAUGCAUCUACAAUAACAUGUUAAGAAUGAGGCUUAGAAAGGCACACAAUCAGUUAUAUUAGUGGAGUUAAAGAGCUUGGUGUGAGAGAUUAUAUGGCAUCAUCUCAAGCUAAAUACUUGCAAUAGAGCAGGUAUACAUACUGCUACAAAACCUCAUUUUAGAUUGACAGAAAUAUUAUGUCAUUCAGUUCUGAAAUGACAUUUGAAAGACAGCAGACCCCUCAAUAAAUAAAUAAAUAAUAUAAUAUAAAGUACAUAAGUCGAAGAUAUUUCACUUCAUACUGGUGUUGAGAUAAAACCAGAAAUGCAAAAAAAAAAAAAAAAAAAAAAAAAAAAGCAUGCAGAAUCAUACGUAUGCUGUAAAUAUAUACACUAAAAAAUAUUUUUGCCUCUUUUUAAGA